AUGGGAAUCGAACCCACGACACGUUGCGCUGUAGUCGGUAGUCCAGUCACUGCGCCAGGCGUGCAUUCUACAAACACGUCAUGCGAUAAUUUUAUUUUUUCGACGAUUAUGAAUUCGGGCGCUGCUAAGUUAAUGUAUAAAAAAGACAUUUUAAAAGAUACAUACACAAAUGGGCGUUUUCCUACUAAACUAUACUAUAGCAACUCUCGACGAAAAAAGCACAACAAUAAAAACGAACAGAAACAGACUACGUCCAUGUUGAGUUACUGUUUGUUGGACUUAAAGCGUACAAUGUAA